AUGGGUAAAGCGUGCGGAUAUGGGCACCGUUUGGGGCGAAGGUCAGGUCUCACCGGAACGACGUACAACCUGUCGUCGCAUAGCGAGCAGGAUCGCGACGAGUGGAUGACCGCUGAGUUCUUCUGGGAGCACAAUGGACAAACUACAGGGGAACAUACAGGCUUUAUUCACUUCUGGGUGCGUAACAAGCAAGCCCAAGCGCCACCGACUGUGAGGAAGAAGCGCAAAAGUUUCGUCAAUUUGAGCCGCGAAGUGUCAGAAGCUGUGGACGAACUUAUGGAGUUGGAUGAGACCGCCGAUUUUACAACCGUCGAACAACUAAUGGAAUCUACAUUCCACUAUCGAGAUGGGCUGCGCAACCGGAAAGUGCAGUGCAAUGAGCUGUUGACUCAGUUCCCACAUUUCAUAUUCUAUGAAGGCCAAUUGAUUCAUUACGAGUUUGAAAUGAUGUUCCCGGAUAAAGAAGCCACGCGAUUGUUUUCAACUAUUGUGCCGUUAUGCCUCGUUUUGAAUCAGUUCUAUGAUGAAAUUGCUAGUGUUGGCGUAAAAGCUCUCUUAAAAAUCAUGGCCGAACUAACCCACCAGGGUAACGUAAGAAAAUCUAACCCUUCAAAUCUACCACCAUUGGAAGAUUUUGCGUCAGUGUUUGUGAGGUGGAAACAAGAUCCAGAAGAUGAAAUGGAGGGAUCUGAAGUGCCUUUCAUUUUCUGCGAUACGGUUGCCUUCGCAGAGGGCGCGUAUUUCGUUGUGUUGGAGAAAGGAGCCAUCGCUUGCGGGACAGACUUUUUCAUCGCGUUGGAUUUACUAUUGAAGGCGACUUGGGGCAAGACACUUUGUCAGAAUCCGGGUAAUCCGAAAACCCAGAUUGGUUGA